UUUACUCCUCCACCAUUACUCUUCAGAGCUUACAUUUCCCCAAUAAUGGCGACCAUCUCCCUCUCUUACUUUCUCCCUCUCCUCCUCACUUUCCUUUCCCUCUCCUCUCUCACCGCCGCAACAUACCCGGGCAGCGGCCUCAUCAUGACCCUCGUCAACAACUGCCCCUACCCGAUCUGGCCCGCCAUCCAACCCAACGCCGGCCAUCCCGUCCCUGAACGCGGAGGCUUCUACCUCCCCUCCCUCUCCCACCGCUCCUUCCCUGCUCCCUACCAACACUGGUCCGGCCGCGUUUGGGCUCGAACCGGCUGCGUCGGUAGCCACAACCACUUAACCUGCGAAACCGGCGACUGCGGCGGUAAAUUAGAAUGUAACGGCGCCGGCGGUAAAACCCCCGCCACACUCGCGCAGUUCAGCCUCCACCACGGCCACAAAGACUUCUCCUCUUACGGCGUUAGCCUCGUCGACGGCUUCAAUAUCCCCUUAACCGUAACCCCACACGAAGGCCAAGGCGUGUGUCCGGUCGUGGGCUGUAAAACCAACCUCCUCCAGACCUGCCCACGCGAGCUUCAAGUACACUCGCCGCGCCGUUACGGCGGAGUCAUAGCUUGUAAGAGCGGGUGUGAAGCGUUUAAUAACGACGCGCUUUGCUGUAGAGGGCAUUAUAAUAGCCCACAGACUUGCAAAGCGUCGUCGUUUUCUCUUUUCUUUAAACACGCUUGUCCUUCUACUUUUACUUAUGCUCAUGAUACUCCUUCGCUUAUGCAUGAGUGUGCUGCGCCACGUGAGCUUAAAGUUAUUUUCUGCCACUAAUAUAGCUGACGUGGAUAUGCCACGUAUGUGAUUCUGGGUGUAACUUUGUUGACGUGUCGUGUUUUUUGUUGUAUGUUAUGUAGAUUUUUCUAGUGGGUUUGAAAAUUUCAGAUGCCUUUUCUAUGCUUAAAAAUAUGUACUAUCUAUCCGUUACUUUUAAUUAAAAUAAAGUGAAUAAAACUAUUGUUUUCUUUAUUAUUAA